AUGGCGCGACACUUUUCCAGUUCCGUCGACUUCGGACUCAACCUCUCCAAGAGAAUUCACCACUUCAAAGGAUCGGCUCCCGCACCGGUGCCGGAAAUGACAAGAUCACCGGAGGAUUAUCUACCGUCGGCGCCGAUGUGCUAUGCGGUGAUACCUGAUCCUGAUGUAGUAGAUAAUCCUGACAUUCGGAGUUAUCAACCGUAUGUUUACGGACGGUGUGAUCCUCCGGCGUUAAUUCCGCUUCUUCUUCACGGAGUUGCCAUGGAAGUUGAGUGUUCUUUGGAUACGGCGUUUGUAACGGUUACCGGAAGUUGGCGCGUGCACUGCGUUAGGGGAAGUAGUGUUUGUGAUUGUCAGGUUGCUAUUCCAAUGUCUGAACAGGGUUCACUUCUAGGUGUCGAAGUUGAUGAUUCUGAAAAAUCCUAUCAUACUGAAUUGAUCUCUCAUAAAGAUGAAAAGGAUAAGCAGAAAAUGGCCAAAGCUAAAGACGGAUACUAUUUGAAAAGCCAAAUAUACAUUAUCAAGAUUCCACAGAUUAGAGGAGGCUCCAUCUUCUCAGUUAAGAUUAAAUGGUCUCAGAAAUUAUUAUUUCAUGAUGGCGAGUUCUGUCUUACCAUCCCUUUCUGUUUUCCUUCGUAUGUCAACCCAGUUGGAAGUAAAAUAUCUAAGAAAGAGAAGAUAUUUUUGAAAUUGAAUUCUGGCACUGCCAAUGAAGUGUUAUGCAAAGCCACUAGUCAUCCUCUUAAAGGACUAACGCGCCAAGCUGGAAAGUUAAGUUUAUCUUAUGAAGCAGAGGUAUCAACUUGGUCAAAUACAGACUUCAGUUUCUCGUACAAGGUUUCUUCGAGUGACUUAUUUGGAGGUGUUCUCUUACAAUCGCCUUUCCUACGUGAUUUUGAUGAAAGAGAGAUAUUUUGCUUGUAUCUUUAUCCUGGAAAUUUUCAGGAUACAAUGGUUUUUAAAAAGGAUAUGGUGUUCGUAGUAGAUAUAAGUGCAAGCAUGAAAGGAACUCCUCUCCAAAACGUAAAGAACGCGCUACUAGCUUCACUCUUUAAAUUAAACCAGCAAGAUACAUUUAACAUUAUAGCUUUCAAUGGGGAGGCCUAUUUAUUCUCGCCAUCGAUGGUAACAGUUUCAAAGGAAGCAAUUUCAAAGGCUUCCAAGUGGGUAGACACUACUUUUAUAGCAAAUGGUGGUACUAGCAUCAUGCUUCCCUUAACUCAGGCGAUGAACCUACUUCGGAAAUCAAGCCAUUCAGUCCCUCUUAUUUUUCUUGUAACUGAUGGGGCUGUUGAGGAUGAGAGAGAGAUAUGUGAAUUUGUGAAAAGCUAUGUAACAAAUGGGCCAUCAAUCCGCACACCACGUAUAUGUACUUUUGGCAUAGGUUUAUAUUGUAACCACUACUUCCUGCAAAUGCUAGCAGAAAUUGGGAGGGGUCACUAUGAUGCAGCUUAUGAUUUAGAUACAAUUGACUCUAGAAUGCAAAGGCUAUUUAGUACUGUUUCAUCAGUUACAGUUGCUGAUAUCACCAUCAAAAGUUUAGAAGGCCUUGAGUCAAAGGAGUUGAUCCCAACUCAUAUUCCUGACCUAUCAUUUGGAAGUCCAUUGAUCAUAUCAGGCAGAUACAAUGGAGCUUUUCCUGAACUAGUUAAGGUUACUGGUACUUUGGCUGAUAGGACGAGCUUAGAAGUUGACCUUAAAGUGAGAAGAGAAAAGGAUAUGCUUCUCACUAAUGUCUUUUCAAAGAGACAUAUAGACCUAGUCACUGCUCGUGCCUGGUUAUUAGAAAGUGAAGAGCUGAAGGAGAAGGUUACUAAAAUGAGCAUUCAAAAUAAUGUCCCCUCUGAGUAUACCUUCCUGGAGAUGAUACUUGUGAAGAAAGGUGAUGUCAAGAAGGCACCUGAUCAUUUUCUGUUACAAAAGGCUUACAGCAGACUUAGCUUCAAAGAUUUGGAACUUGAAAUCCCAAAGCUAUUCCUUGGAGGACUGAGACAUGGAUUUGGUGACUUGAAAGCAACCGCUGAGAACCUUCCACCAGCAACAAAAGAAGCAAAACCAUCUGAAGGACUAUUGGGGAAAGCAGCUUCUACUUGUUGCGCCUUGGCUUGUUUUGAGUUAAUUAAAUGCUGUAUUGAGCUAUGUGAUUGUGAUUGCUUGCAGUGA